GCCAGACCUAGGGGCGGGGGGGGGCGGGGCGCGGCCGGAGCUGUCGGCCUCGGACCCGGAGCCGAGCCGCGGAGCCGGAACGCGCGCCCACAGCCGCGACUCUCCGCCCGGCGGUCCCGGAUCCCGCGCAACCCCCCGACCCGCACCCUACCAACCCGGCUGCCCCUCUGCCUGAGACCCCUUCCCCUGGCACUGCACUCCACUGACCCCGCACCCGCCCUGCAAGUCCGCCACCCCCAGACCGGACCCCCACCCCUCCCCGUCCCCCCCACAAGCCCCCGCCCUGCACCCCCUCGGGCCCCGUGGGCCCCUCCCCACGGGGGUCCCCAACCCCCCACCGACAGCACCCCAACCCCCCCAGCCCGCACUCCUUCCCUGAGCUCCCCCUGCCCCUAACACCCCCAGCCCGCACCCACUGUCCCUGCGGCUGAGCGGCGGGCGGGGCGGGGCCACAGCCAUGGACUGAGUUGCCGAGACUCGCGGGACGGACCCACGGACUCGAAGAUGAGUAGGCCAGAGUCACCAAAGCCACCCCUGGCUCCCAAGCCCAGGACCACCAGCCCCCUGACGCCUUUGACGGCCCCCAAGUUCCCCCUGGCCCCCCGACCCGACGGCCUGCACAGCCCCACAUCAGUCUCCCGGGGCCCCAAGCCACCCCUGGCCCCCAAGCCCAGGCUGGCCUCGCCCGGCGAGUGGAGAGCCAGUUGGCAUGUGGUCAACAGCCUCAGCAAAUGCAGCAAUGGGACCCUGCCCUGCGGGGGCCACGAGCUCUGGGAGGGGCGUACCCCCGACCUGUCUCCCCACAGCCCUGUGCCUGGAGACACCAAGGUGGAGGAGGUGGACAGGGCAGGGGCAGCUCAGGCCCCAGACACCCUGGGGGAGGACGAUGACCAAGCCCCCCCUGCAGAGGACAUGGCGGCAGAGGAGGACCUCUCCCCAGAGGGGGAGGAAGAUGAUGGCCAAGCCCCCCCUGCAGAGGACAUGGCGGCAGAGGAGGACCUCUCCCCAGAGGGGGAGGAAGAUGAUGGCCAAGCCCCCCCUGCAGAGGACAUGGCGGCAGAGAAGCACCUCUCCCCAGAGGGGGAGGAAGAUGAUGGCCAAGCCCCCCCUGCAGAGGACAUGGCGGCAGAGAAGCACCUCUCCCCAGAGGGGGAGGAAGAUGAUGGCCAAGCCCCCCCUGCAGAGGACAUGGCGGCAGAGGAGGACCUCUCCCCAGAGGGGGAGGAAGAUGAUGGCCAAGCCCCCCCUGCAGAGGACAUGGCGGCAGAGAAGCACCUCUCCCCAGAGGGGGAGGAAGAUGAUGGCCAAGCCCCCCCUGCAGAGGACAUGGCGGCAGAGAAGCACCUCUCCCCAGAGGGGGAGGAAGAUGAUGGCCAAGCCCCCCCUGCAGAGGACACGGCGGCAGAGGAGCACCUCUCCCCAGAGGGGGAGGAAGAUGAUGGCCAAGCCCCCCCUGCAGAGGACAUGGUGGCAGGGGAGAACAGCUCUCCAGGAGGGGUGGAUGAUGACUUAGUCUCCCCUGCAGAGGACACAGCAGCAGAGAAGGACAGUGCCUGGGACACCAGAGAGGACAGUGAUGGCCAAGGCCCCCCUGCAGAGGACACACCGACAGGGGAGGACAUUGCCCCAGACCCCAAGGAGGAGGGCUCAGUGCUCAGAAGUGAUCAGGAAGAGAAGCCAGCGGACAGCCACACUGUGGGAAGCCUAGACGACAGAGGGACAGCUGUAGACAGCCACCUCACCUCAACUUCCGGGCUCCCUGAGAUGGCCAGGGAGGAAGACAGCGAUGGGGGGCCCAGCUCAGGGGCCCCACAGGCAGACUCGACUGCAGAGGCUUCUGGGAAGGUGGGACCUGAGGACAGUGUGGCUGUCAUAGACAGUGCCAGCCCCCAAGGCCAGGAUGGGGCACUGGACCCAAUGGACGGGGCAGCAACAGAGGCCCUGGAGGAGGGGGAGCACCCUGAGUCGGGGGAGCAUCCUGCAGGGGAGGAGCAUCAUGCAGAGGAAGGGGAGCACCCCGAGGAAGAGGGGGAGCACCCUACAGAGCAAGAAGGGGAGCCCCCUAAGGAGGAAGAGGGGGAGCACCUUGAGGAGGAAGAGGGGGAGUAUUUCAUGAAGGAGGAAGGGGAGCACCCUGAGGAAGAGGGAAGGGAGCACACCGAGGAAGACAGCUGCCACAUUGUGCCCUUCGAGAGUGGCUCCCUGGAGGACCUGGUGGGCUCCCUGCCGGGGGCCCCCUACCGGCUCUUUGCCACCGAGAGCACCUCCUUCUGUGGCCAGGGCUGCACAGGGGAGGACCCCGUCGUCCCCGCCGAAGACCCCAACCACACCCUCGCCAACCCCUAUGACCUGGGCGGUGACCCUGGAGAUGAGGGGCCACCCCCGGAGGGCAAAGCUCCCAGGGCGCGGGCACACUCGGGGAAGCUGGCAGGCGGUGUCCCCGAGACUGUCCUGGAGGAGCCUGUGGGGGCCCCUGCCUGCUGCCCACACCCACACCCAAACCUGCACCCACAUCCACGCUCCUUCUCAGUGGAGGCCCGUGACCCGGGUGCCAGCAGCCUUUCGCUGCCCUGCAGCCUGGGCUCCUCAGGCAGCUUCUCGCGGUGCCCGGUGCCCGCGGGCGGCUCAGCCUCGCCCUGCUCACUGCUGGACAUCCCGCCACCCUUUGAGCUGGCCUGCUUCACACGGUGGCCGGUCACCAAGAGCUCGCCCUCCCUGCUGGCAGCCGUAGACACCCCAGAGCGGCCGGCCAAGAAGAAGAAGUCGUCCUUCAAGCGCUUCCUGGCACUCACCUUCGGCCGCAGGGCCGAUACCAGGGCCCCCGAUGCCAGCCCUGGCCCCCUACGGUCCCCCGGUGACCGCCUGCUGGAGCUGGACCGCUGCAGCCCGGGGGGCUCCCCACGCUCUCGUGUCCUGGCUGCGCACCCCCGGGCCGGCCUGCUCUUUCCCCGCGGGGACCGUCGCCGGGCAGCCCCGGGCAGGCCUGUGUCUCGCGUGGAGUCCUUCGAGGACCGAGCCCGUCCGCCGCUGCUGCCCCUGCCCAUCACCAAGCCGCGCUCCGUGUCCUUCCCCAGUGCCCACGCAUCUGAGUAUGAGAAUGUGCCGGCUGCUUCCGACUAUGAGAACGUGCAGCUGCCGCCUGCCCGGCCACCCGCCACCCUCGCCAAGCUCUUCGAGGACCAGAGCCGAGCGCUGGGCUCAGCCAGUGAGAACGACGGCUACGUGGACAUGAGCAGCUUCUCCACCUUCGACAGCCGCCCGCCUGGGGCCCAGCAGGAUGCAGAGAGCGCCUACACCGAGCCCUACAAAGUCUGCCCAGUCUCAGCAGCCCCCAAAGAGGACCUGACGUCAGAGGAGGAUCAGGGCAGCUCAGAAGAGGAGGAUGGGGUGUCCAGAGACCCCAGUCUCGCCCACAAGGUGGACGGCCAGUCUCGAGCCCACGCCAUCGCGCAGGACCUGCUGACCUCGGAGAAAGCGUAUGUGGAGCUGCUGCAGCACCUGCACCUGGACUUCCACGGAGCCAUGUCCCGGGCGCUGGGUGAGCUGGCCUCCGAGGACCGUGAGGAGCUGCUGCGGGGCUUGGGGGAGCUGCCCGCCCUCCACGCGCUGCACCGCGGGCUCCUGGCCGCACUGACCAACAGGCUGCUGAACUGGGAGGGUGAGCAGCAGGUGGCAGACAUGUUCCUGGCACGGGAAGCCGCCUUCGAGCACCACAAGGAGCUGCUGCGACACCUGGACAGUGGCCUGAGCCUGCUGGCCGGUCGCUGCCUGCUGUCCCCCCGGCUGGCCGCCGCUGUGCGUGGGUUCGAGCAGAGCCUGCAGGGAGGCGGCCAGAGCGUGAAGCACUGGCUGCUGAAAGUGGCCCAGCGCCCGUUCCAGUACCAAGUGCUUCUCACAGAUUACCUCAACAACCUGUGCCCAGACUCCCCGGAGUAUGACAGCACCCAAGGUGCACUGAAUCUCAUCUCCAAGAUCACGGACCAGGCCAACGAGAGCCUGGAGCAAGGGGAGAACCUGCAGAAGCUGGUCCAUGUGGAGUACAGAGUCCAGGGAGCCAGCAGCCUGCUGCAGCCAGGAAGGGAGUUCCUGAAGGAGGGGACGCUGAUGAAGGUGACAGGGAGGAGUAGACGCCCACGACAUCUGUUCCUGAUGAGCGAUGUGCUGCUGUACACUUACCCGCAGAAGGAUGGCAAGUACCGUCUGAAGAGCACGCUGGGCGUGGCAGCCAUGAAGGUCAGCCGACCGAUGCUGGACAAGGUGCCCUAUGCCCUGAGGAUCGAGGCCCCCGAGUGCUGCCUGACACUUUCUGCGAGCUCCUGCGUGGAGAGGGAUGAGUGGCUGAGCUUCCUGAGCAGAGCAAGGCCGGAGGACAGCAGGGCCCCGGGCACUUUCCAGCUGGGUGUGGAGGUGCGCGAGCGUCUGGGGGGCAGCCUUGGGGAGCGGCCCCCCACCCUAGUGCCUGUCACCCACGUCGUCAUGUGCAUGAACUGUGGCUGCGACUUUUCCCUCACACUGAGGCGCCACCAUUGCCACGCCUGCGGCAAGAUCGUGUGCAGGAACUGCUCCAGAAACAAGUACCCGCUCAAGUACCUCAAGGACCGCCUGGCCAAGGUCUGCGAUGGCUGUUACGGGGAACUGAGGCGGCGGGGCGGGGACGGGCCCGGCCUCUCGCGAGCGCGCCCUGUGAGCAUGAGCUUCCCCCUGCCCUCUGCACGCUUCUCCAGUGGCACCUUCUCCUCGGUCCUGCAAAGCUUCAACUCGUCCCCCUUCCGGAAGCAGAGGAAGGUGCCCUCGGCUCUGAGCGAGGUGUCUGCAUCGGGGGAGGGCUCAGCCAUCAGUGGUUACCUCAGCCGCUGCAAGAAAGCCCGGAGGCCCUGGAAGAGGCUGUGGUUUGUCAUCAAAGGCAAAGUGCUGUUCACCUACACGGCCAGUGAGGACGCCGUGGCGAUGGAGAGCCUUCCCCUGCUGGGCUUCACCAUCGCCCCAGAGAAGGAGCAGGGUGGCAGUGAGGUGGGGCCCGUGUUCCACCUCUUCCACAAGAAAACCUUGUUCUACAGCUUCCGGGCUGAGGAUGGGGGCUCAGCGCAGAGGUGGAUCCAAGCCAUGGAAGACGCCAGUGUUUUAUAGCAUCACCAGUGGGGGGACUCGGGGACACCGCCCCACCCGGAAGCCACCCAUCUCUGACCGUUGGAACCUCGCCUGGAAUUGGCCAGAGCCGGAGCAGCCCUCUCUUGCAGCUUCCCAGGGGGAUGGUCACAUUGGCACCCCCAUUCAGGGGGCCUGUGUCCUGACCUGACUGUGGGCACAGGCUUAGCCGCCAAAGGCCCUGGAAGCCAUCCCUGCAUGUGGGCUUGGGGUGCAGGCCCUGCCACCACUCUGCUGCAGGGACCCCACCUCCAUGCUGUGUUGUAUAUGGACAGCUGGGCUCUUGCGAAGAGGGCAAGCACCCUUGCUGGGAGCAGCCACUCACCCAGAGGCCAGCGGCUAGGGGCAGUCCCACUGUGUUGGCAUGUGUGCAGGUGUUACUCGAAUGUACCCACCUGCUUGGGGUCCCCCAGAGCCCACCUGGCUCAGCUGAGGUUAGGUCUCACUCCUCAGCAGCAGGGGGAGCACCCCUGGCACCCCACCUGGAGGAGGUGCCCAGAUUUAAUUUAUUGCUUGCCUUCUGGCCGAGUCCAGGAGAGCUGGACCCACCCCAGUGUCUCUGGUGCCCGGAGAGAGACAGAGACAGGAGAGAUGGCAUCCACAGGUGGCCUCGAAGUCAGGGCCGCCAGUUCUGGGUGCUGGGAAGGACACACAGACUUAAGCCACCCUUGGGUGCCCGGCCCACCUCCCCCCACCCCCUGGCUGAUGACAGCCCAGACGUGCUGGGAGGUUCUGAGGGGUUUCAUGUUGCUGGACCAUUGUCAGAAGCUGCUCGCGCCUUUUCUCUGCCCCCCCCCCAAGCAUUUGCUGGAACUUCUGUAGAAGCACGUCCCUCCGGGAGCGGUGCCCAUUAAAGGUGUUCAGGGCUUUCUGGUUGGA